AUGCCUCGAUCCUUUUCAACUCUGUCAUUCAAUUUACAACAGCCGCCUCCUACAUUCACCUCGUUGGCACGUCAACCACGUAUCCCUCAUAAUAAUCCGUCGCUCACUUCAUCAUCAUUUUGGAUCAAUGCUAAGGAAAAUUUAAACUUCUCAACAUCUUCUUCUUCUUCGUCAUCAUCGAACCAGUUUACCGACUCAACAAUAACUACUAAGCUAGGGAUAAAGGGGAAAAAGGAGAGAACUGCUACUUACCGCCGCCAACAAUCAUCCUCCUCGUGUGAAUCAAAGUUGAAAAGAAUGAUGAUGGAAGAUGAAAAUUAUUCGUUUAUUUUAAACCCAUGUUGUGAUAAAAUUGAUUGUAAAUUUGUUAAACAUGGCAUUUUGAAGGACUCCAAAACCCGCAAUUUAAGUAUGGGAAGCUUUGUCGCAUCCUUAAUUUCCAUUGAUUCUGAAGAAGAUGAAGCUAGUUUAUCGCAUCAGAUAGUAGCAGACGAUGUUGAUUAUGAUGCAGAAAGUUUAAUUGUGGCUCCAUUACGUACAACUUCAGUUGAACAAGCCAUUCAGUUUAAUCAACCACCACCACCUGGGGAACCCAAAAAUGUCAAGUCACAAUUGGGUGGUGAUCAUUAUAGAGCCUUAUUCAAUGAACUCAAUUCCAGUAUCAAUCUGAUCAAUUUACAAGCUCAGUUUGAUGAACAAUUGUCCAAAUUGAAGAAAAUCAUCCGAGGAAGAAAGAAUCGCAAAGCAGCACAAUAA